CAACCAAUCAGAACGCGUGUUUGACCCUGACCUUUGACCCUGCUUACGUGCUACUUCACCAGUAACACACAGACGUCACGAAACAACUUAAUUUUCUACUUCAAGGCGAGAAUAAGGACUCAAAAUGUCAGCUUUGCGAGUAGUUCUAUUCUCGAGACAUGCCCUCAGGUGUUCAAUGAGUCUUUCAAGACAUUACGCUGGGCUGUCGGCGACGAGUAAUCGGUUUUGCAGGGAGAGGACGCAGCCUACGCAACUGUUCGUUCAGCAAGCUCCAGCCAGGCUCUACUCCAAGGAUAACGAGACUCCGUGGACAGAUGUGAAGUAUGACGAACUCAAGGCCUUGAUUAAGUCAGGCCAUGUUCAGCUGAUUGAUGUCCGUGAGCCAGAAGAGAUCGCCAGCACUGGUCUCCUUCCCGGGGCCAUCAACAUUCCCUUGGGGAGGCUACACCAGGCUCUUAAUUACAUGUCGGACCAGGCUUUUCAGAACAAGUACAAGAGACCGCAGCCCAAGAAGUGGGACAAUAAUAUCCUCCUGUAUGGACAGGACUUUGACAGUGUCCGAGCCAGUGCAGCUCUGGAACUCUUACAUAAGUGGGGGUUUAUCAAUGAACAGGCUACACAUUGACUUGAAGAUGCCUGAGGAAGAUUUCAAGGAAAAAUAUGGGGUGGAGAAGCCAGGAAAGGACAAUCUCAUUCUUCACUGUUUGGGCGGGAUUCGCAGUCGCGGGGCCCUCGCUAUCGCCCAUGCAUUGGGAUACGAAAAGGCACGGCACUACAUCGGUGGGUACGCCGAGUGGGCAGCAAAGCAACAGAGUUAGCUAGAAGAGUGACUCAAGCAUUCCUUUGAUAGCCUUCAAUGUCUUUGACUACUAUAUUGCGAAGGAAAACUCCAUUUUUGUGUUCUGUUUGUUAUCUUUGUGAAACAUGAGUAGUUUAUGAAGUAUUCAGUUGGUAUGAUCAGAUAUUUAACUCGUCAAUUGAUUUAUUCCAUGAUUGUUUGUAACACAAUCAAACUUGUACUUCCUCAGAGUCUAACAGGGUACUAUGUUCUUACCUUUGCUUAUACCCUAUGUUGGACACCCCUUAACCCUAACUUUCUAACUCUAACAUAGGGAUGUCAGAAUGUUGGGGUAUCUGAACAUAGGGGUGUUGUAGCAUACUUCAGGGCUCUCCCUGUUGCCAUUCCUAAUGAGAUUAUAUAUCAUACACUCUUACUCAAAUACUUAUCCACUUUGUCCCUGGAGAGGCAUAAGGCCACUUGCACUCACUGCACUGAUACCUUAAAUGUUGGAAAGUCAUUUUGCACAGAUGUGUGUGCCAAUCUAAGUCAGUUUGUAUAAGAAAGUUGUAAUUGUCAUCCGCACAUCCACCUUUUGCUGUCUCUAUAUCUUUCACAACAUGCAAGGGACCGGCAAAGAUAUAUUUUACUUGCUAAGGACUACAACAGGUUAUUCGGUUUACAUGCCAAAAUAGAGAUAUGUUUAAGCCUACGAUAGUUGAAAGAUAUUCUCAAUCUCAUGGUACACAUUAAGUUUUAAAUUCAACUUUAAGUUUAAACUACAACGCAAACACUCCAUCCUCUGGUCCUAUGAUGGAUUGCCUAAACAGUAACCAGGAAAUACUUAUUGAUUUGUUCUUUAUUGAGUCUGUUGUAGUUCAAUGGUAGUACAGUCAUACAUGUACAUGUACCAUUGUCUGAACUAAUGCCACUACAAUUAAAAACUCUUCAACAUUCCUUAUAUUUUGGUACAUCUUUAAAUAAAGAUUUGAGUAGAGCCUUUCUUUUCUUUUGGUUUGGUAAAAGUGCAUGAAUAUGAUUUACUCAUACCUGUCUAAUUAGUGAAGUGAUACUGUACAGGAAAUUAAUAGGUCAUUUAUGUUGGGAUUACUCUGGGGGUAUUUUUUGCUAGCUUUGUUGAACCGAAUUGAGGCUUGUAGAACGCAGAAGAUUACGUUUUGUAUAAUGUGAACAAAAGAGAAAUAAAAUACAUU